UGCUUCUCAUCAAACUGUCGCUCCAGACUUUUGUCAUUUUCACAGAAACCUCCGACCUCGUCAGCUCGUCCAGACCUCGAGUCCACACCACAGCGCCUCCUCUCUGAAGCUCUACGAUGCUCUCCUCCUUCCUCCUCCUCCUCCUCCUCCUCCUCCUCCCUCCCUCCCUGGCCUGUCGGACCAGCUCCUUCACUGAGUGUCAGCCGCUUCCCUUCGUCCCCGGUCACAAUCUGGUCGGCGAAGGUUUUGAUAUGGUGAAGAUGAAGAUGACUGGAGCGAGUGUGGUGGAAAUGAAGAGCUUCAUGGUGGGCGGAGUCCAUGGGAACUGCACCGUGUGCCUCAACCACCUCCUGAACCAGACGCAGAAACUCCCGGUGUCGGUCGUUGACUGGAGGAUCAAGGUGAAGUGUCGGCGCAGUCUGAGCAGUAAGAUGUUCGAAUCGAGUCAGUCGAUGAUGAAAGAGACGAGUUCAUCGCUGGGCGUCAGCUGGAAGGUUGGCCUCAGUGUUGCCGGACUGGGCGGUUUUGCUGUUGGAGGAUCACAUUCCACCUCAACACAUUUCGCGGAGAGUCGCAGUAGGAAAGACAAGUUCUCCUUCACCACGCACGACUUCAAUUGCAAAUACUACACCUUCCGUCUUCACUCCCAACCUCCGCUGAGCAAAGAGUUUGAGGAUUCCUUGAAGAACCUUCCCUCCACCUACGACCUUAAGAACACCUCGGCCUUCCAGCAGUUCAUCUCCAUCUACGGGACUCACUUCAUCCGCAGGGUUCACCUGGGGGGUCGAGUGCACUCCAUCACAGCCAUCCGGACUUGUGAGGCCGCCAUGAGCAAGAUGUCUGUCCAUGCAAUCAGCAACUGUCUGUCAGUCGAGGCCAGUGGAACCAUGUCGGGCGUCACUGCCAAAGCCAGCACUAAGUUCUGCAAAAAAAAGAGCAAGAGUCUUAAAACCGGGGAAACCUUCAGUCAGGCCUUCUCUGACAGGACCACUGAGGUUUUGGGAGGAGAUGGGGAAGUGGGGGACAUCCUGUUCACCCCCAAUGGAGCCGCAGGCUACAAGAAGUGGCUUUCUUCCCUCAGGAGGGUCCCAGGUGUGGUGUCCUACGAAAUUAGUCCCCUGCACCUGCUGGUGUCAGAUAACCCCACACUGAAGUCCAGCCUCCGAGAUGCCAUCAGCAACCACAUCCGCAAAAGUGCCAAGAAGCUGAGCUGCCCCGCCGGCUGCAAGGUCGGAAACCAGAACAAGAACUGUGCCUGUCACUGCCAUGGACACCGCAUGGUUGACUCCAAUUGCUGCCCCGCUGAGACAGGCGUGGCCCGGCUGAAUGUGACGGUGGUCCGAGCCCAGGGGCUGUGGGGUGACUACUUCACCAAGACGGACGGAUAUGUUAAAGUGUUCUAUGGUAAGCAAGGAGCCACAACACCGGUGAUCUGGAACAAUGACUUCCCCCGGUGGAACUACCUCAUUCGGUUUGAAACCGUUAACCUACGUCACAGAGUACCUGUCGUUUUCGAGGUCUGGGACCGGGACAGUGGUUGGGAUGACGACCUGCUGGGGAAGGUGACCCUCAUCCCCUCGAGUGGUCAGAGCGUCAUCAGGAGUUUCAAGUUGAACCACGGCUCGCUGUUUGUCAAGCUGUCUGCAGUGUGUGCUCCCAGCCUGCAGGGGUCGCUGUGUGAGCAGUACCUCCCCUCGCCAAGCUACAGCGGGGUCCAGGCGUAACGCUGGGGUUCACACGCUGAUCUUUCGUUGUUUAUUAAAUCUGUAAAAAAGUGUGAAUCAACUUGAUCAAACACAUUUGAAAUAAAGUCAAAACUUUUAAAAUGUUUGUUUUGGAGGAAAAACAACGUAUUUUAAAGAACAAGUUUGCUCUGUACUACUCUUACUGAAUAUUUACACAUCACAAGCUCCUAACAGCGGUGUACUGCUCUCUAGUGGAAGGUGAAUUUAUUUUUUACAAAUAAAAGAUGACCCUGUUUUUUUAACCUUUCAGGACUUCCAUAUAUUCAGUGUGAGUGAUGGAGGUCAAAAUCUGGAACAAAUGAAAAAUGAUUAUUAUGAAAAGUAGAAAAUUAUCAGAGUUUUUACUACAAAACAAAACUCUUCUCUGGACAAACAGCGACACAGAGUAACUGAGUACAUUUACUCAAGUACUGUAUUUAAGUACAAGUUGAGGUACCUGUAUUUUAGAUGAGUUUUCCAUUUGAAUUUUGAUAAAUGAUACAAAUACAAUCAACAAAUUAACUGUGAUGUUUUAUUAAAUAAGUUCAAACUUCAUUGAUCCAGAUCAACAAGCAGCUGCAACAUUAAAGUGACCAACACAUGAAUCAAUAAUUAUGAUCCAAUAAUAUGAAAUUUACAUAAAUGAAUGAAUCAUUUUACCUUCUGCUACGUAAAGUAAAUUUUAUUUUAGUAUUCGAGUGUGUGUCUGUGUGUCUCUGUGUAGCAGUUUUACAGAUUGUUGCAUCCGUUCUGACUGAGUGUUUUAACUGUGACAGUUCAGCACAGACUGCUGAGCAUGUAACACCUACAAACACACACACACACACACACACACACACACACACACACACACACACACACUCUGCUGAUGCAAACAAAUAUUUGAAAAACUUGUAUCACUUCAGCAACAUGGGAACGUUGUUGUUGCUUCACACGCCCGUCCCCCACAGUUGUUUGUAUUUAACCAGAUAAAUAAAUAAAUGAUUUUGAGCAGCA